AUGAAGCGAGCCGAAAGCGGAGAAGAGAAAGCAACGCGGCAAUGCUGGGAAUGCCUCAAACGGCGCUUGGUGUGCGAUCACACCCUCCCUCACUGUAGAAAGUGCAUCAAGGCUGGCAAGGAGUGUCCGGGAUAUGACGAACAGAAACCGCUGCAAUGGGUCGAGCCCGGAAAAGUAACAUCAAGACGAAGGAAAAAGGAUGGUCCGCCGAAGGUGUACACGAUCAAAUCAAAAGACCGAGAGCCCGUUGUGACCGCGGUUCCCAGUUUAGCCACGGUAGGCUGCGAAGACUCUGACAAGUCUGACUCGUCGGAUAUCAUAGCGACAGACGACGUCGCAGUUUUGGAAUUGCCAAUCUUCGACGAACCCCAGAUCACACAGGAGGCUGCCGACCUUUACAAAUGCCAGCUUGCAUGCUCGCUGCUUCAAGAGGAGACAGCGUCAUGGUGGUACAGUUUAAGCGCCAAGGAGCAGGCGGAGCACAUUGUCUUAAAUGCUACUAAGCACGCAAGCAGCUCUAGUGUGGCUGCUCGUAUCAUGCAAAUUGGCGGCAAAAGGAGUCUCAAAGCUGUGGUGGAGAGAGGCCAGUAUUGGGAGGCUGCGUUACUGCUACAAUCUGAACGACAGCCUCUGGAGAAGUUACGGCGCUUAUUGCGGGUCAUGGAGGUGCAAGACCUACCGUCUUAUGAGUAUUUAUCAAACGAAACCUGUGAGGUGGUACAGGCAGUCAACUACUUCAAUACCAGAAUCUACCCAGACGUCAAAGAGACUGACAGCCUAGCGCCCAAUGCAGCUGUAAUCCACUUUCCAGUAUGGGCCCUGCACGUGUUGCCGCCCGCAAUGCAUCACACCCUUGUCUGCCUGGGACUAAACCAUUACAUUCAUUCUUUACCCCCAGGGGUCGACCGUGCAAUCAUCGCCAGCCAACGAUCUAAGAUAUACAAAUAUCGUGGUCACGCCAUUCGCUCCCUCAGCGAAUACGUCGCGAAGGAGAAGACUCGCUGCAGUGAUUUGACGAUCAGCAGUAUACUAAUGUUCAUGGCUAUGGAGGUCCAGAACUCUAGUUCAGGGGACUGGCGAUCUCAUGCAAUUGGGAUAAAGCAGCUGAUAGACAUGCGCGGAGGAUUUGCAACUUUGAUACGUGAAGCAUCCUACCUGACGUCCGCACUAGUCAUAUUUGUCAUCAUUGUAACCUUUUCGAACAGUCUCGGUCCGGCUUCAGAACACAUCAAUAUCACCAAAUCUCUUGAGGACCACGUCCAGGAAGUUGAGAAGGUGUAUACCCUUGUCUUUCCGUACGUAUUGUGUCCGCCGUCUUUGUUUGUUGAGAUCAUUCGCAUCAACCGCUUGCGCCAAGAGAUCACUGCAUCGCCAUUCGAAGACGAAAGCCAGUGUGUGUUGCAAGCUCUCGACCUACUCGCACGCAUCGAAGCCUUCGCACCAGAGAAUUGGGCACAGCCGGGUGAAUAUUACGAUCAGUGGCUGCUCAUUGGCACCAUAUACCAGUCCGCUAUCGCAUUGUACUGCACUAUGUCGCUACAGGCAGUCGCUGCGUUGCCUAUUAACCUGGAGAUGAACACAAUGCGCACCAUACAUGGUGAACGCCUAUUCGAGAGCCUAAGAUCGGCCGCACAGACGAGGGAGUUGAGGAAGUUCUCGUUGUUUCCGCUAUGUGUACUUGGUGUGGAAGCGGGCUAUCACGACAGCCAGAGCACGCGACGCUGGAUCGAACAGCAACUGGAGCACCACAGUCGACUGCUAGGAACGAGCAGCCCUUUGAAGGCUCGGGCGGUGCUGCGGCGGUACUGGCAAAAGGCCGAACCAGGGUGGGAUGAAUGCUUCGACCGACCGGAAGCUACUCUCCUUCCGUCUGGCAUAUGCUGA